AUGAUCGGGUACCACCAUGUGCUCAUGCUUAUCAUUGCUCUUGCAAUCAUUCUAUUAUCUCUCCUACUGGCCGGCUGCUCGUCGUCCUCUCCACGAAUCCCAGAUAUCUUCCUCAUCUCCCUCUACUACAAAACAUAUGAUCCGAUAUUCAGCUCGGCGCAGGUGGACCCUGGCGUGGUCACUGCGACAGCCAACAUCGUGAGUGGAGCAGACCUGGAGGUCCGCGUGGGCUACUUUGGCAUCUGCAUCCAGCCCGACUCCGGGUCGUUCAUCUGUAACGCCAAUGCCACCGCCUUGGCCGAGAUUGUCUCUGUGGAUCAAGACCCUCUCAACCUGAUCUGGGUUGCUUCCACGUUCAAGGACGCCGUCGUGUUUCCUUAUCUUUUGAUUAUUGCCGUCAUUCUCGCCUUCUUCUGUUUCGUGCUGCUGGCGACUUUCCCCGGGUGGCACGAGGAGUACAAUGCUGCUGGCGAAGAAACAGAAGUGAGGCCUUUUCCCUCACGACCGGUAUCCCAGACAGCACUGGCGCUCAUCUUCGUUGCCUCUGUGUUUGUACUGGUGUCGGUUCUAUGGCAGCAUACCGCGUCCGUAGCUGCCAGCACGAUAGCACAAGAUUUGGGGAACGGGAGCGUCAAGAGCGGCGUCGGCACGUCGGCAAUGGUGCUCGGUUGGUUCGGGUUUGCCUGUCUAGUCGUUGUGACCAUCGGUCUGCUCGUCAUGAUUCUGAGCAUCAAGCUCAUCCGGCAAUUGACCGAUGAUGAGUAA